AUGGCACACCCGAUGGGGCCAGUGGCCACACCCAGCAAACCCGGGGCCAAGGGGUCACCCAGCACUGCUGGGGCCAAUGACCGGGGCCAAUGGCUCACCCAGCAAAGCUGGGGCCAAUGGCUGACAGCACGGGGCCAAGGGCUCACCCAGCAAAGCUGGGGCCAGUGGCACACCCGAGCACUGGUUGGGGCCACCCAGCAAAGCUGGGGCCGAUGGCACGCCCAACAGCGGGGCCAAUGGCUCACCCAGCAAAGCUGGGGCCAGUGGCACACCCGAGCACUUGUUGGGGCCAUCGGCUCACCCAGCAAAGCUGGGGCCGAUGGCACACCCAACAGCGGGGCCAAUGGCUUACCCAGCAAAGCUGGGGCCAAAAGGCACACCCGCAGCAUGGGGGACAAUGGCUCACCCAGCACAGCUGGGGCCAAUGGCACACCCGACCAGCGCCAAUGGCUCGCCCAGCAAAGCUGGGGCCAACGGCACGGCAGCACGGGGCCAUUGGCUCACCCAGCAGAACUGGGGCCAAUGGCGCACCCUGCGGACCGGGGCAAUGGCUCACCCAGCACUGCUGGGGCCAAUGGCUCACCCGGCGGAACCGAGGCCAAUGGCACGCCCAGCAAAGCUGGGGCCAAUGGCUCACUCGGCAGGUUCCAACCGGGAAGCCGGAACCUCGCCACCCUGAACACUAAGAAGGCCGGUGACGUCUCCAGCAAUCUGCACUUGCCUGCAGGCAUCUUCACACCAAUGACUCUUCCGCUUCAGGAGAUGGGUCCUUCGGAUAACCCCUCCAUCCAUGUGUUCGAUGUGAUCCCUAGCCACGCAGAAACCAUCGACUUCCGUGACCUGGAAGCGAAGUACAAGUUAGCCGUACUCAACCUCGACCUGAGUCUUCUUCCCGCACCGUUUUGUCCACGACAGUCUGUCCCAAAGGAUACCAAAUUGCAGAUCUUCAUCGUUCCCACUUCGGAUGAGAAACACUACAUCAUCAAGCAUUUCGUCUUCGCCAGCAAGUGCAAAGCCUGCUUCUUCUUGGCCUCCGUAUACGGCAAGGCUCACAUCUACAGAUGGCGGGCGGCAAAUCCCAAGGUAGGCAAAAAGAUCCUCCAAUACACCCUUGAGAACUUGGGGUGCUAUCAAUUCAAAGUCUUUGACCUCCAAACCUUCUCUGCCGCGAAGAAUACCAAUACCCGCUUUGAGGACAAGACGGACGAGGAGGUGGAUGCGGGGUUUGACUACAUUGCCACGGAAGGCCCUCGUUCCUCUAGCGAAAUGCAACAGUUGAGGUGGAUGACGAAAGCAAUCAAGAAUACAAGCUCUCCAAUCUUCAACUGGCCGAACAGUCUCGUUGAGAAAGCCCUUCGCAAUCUCGCUACUGACGGAGCCUUGGCUAAAAAGAUUGAGGAGUGGCCUAUUCCAUUCACGAGCACCUUCUACCAUACUUGGGUUCUGGACAUCUUCGAAAAGGUGUGGGAUUUCGAUACCUCUGCCCUGGUACUUCUCGGUGAAGCUGGAGCUGGGAAGUCGCCUUUGGGGCGCAGUGUCUUGAUGGCUCAGGUGCGACACAAUCAGAUCCGCUUCAGCAGUCGCCAAAAACCUUGCAUCAGAUGUACCCCUGAAAUCGAUUUCCUUCGUGGUGAGCAGGGACAUGUCGCCAUGGGGGAUUUCUUGGACGACACGACCAUCAAGUGGCUCUCAAACAAGAUGUUGAAGUCCUUGCUGGACGUGGGUCUAUAUGAGGCCAUGUCAUGGGCACGCUGGGGUGCUGUGAAAUGGGUACAGAAUCAGCCUCGAGCCGUCGCUGACAAUACUUUCGAUGAGGACUACAAGGUCAAAACAGAGAGCUUCUUGCCCAGUGUCCCCCACGAGGAGUUCUCCAAUAUCAUCAAGCCUGCAUUCGGUCCUGACAUCACCAAAGCCCACAUGAAUGCAAUCUUCAAGCGAAGCGUCUUCGUGGUAAACACAGACACGCACAUCUACUACAGAAAGGCUGGCAUCAAUCAAGAUCGCAUUCCUCGUAUCGAAAUUCCAAAUGCGGAGUAUAUGACGGAUGCGGGCAAAGCCUUGUACGGUGUCUUCAAGGAUGGUGGUCGUCUUCUACCUCCCGACUUCAACGCCCAGGUGCGUCGGGAGCAGGAAUGGGUGUCGAAACUUGUUGAGAAACGCCAACAGGAGCGCCGUCCAGACCAUCAGAAACGCUUGCAAGUUCGUGAGGCUCUGUUCGGCCGCGAACCUACCUCAUCGGAGCCUCUCCACCGGCGCAUCAAGAGGGAACAAGCGGGGGCUCACGCAGAAGCGGUGAGCAAGAAGGCUAGGACAUGGGCCACGGAGCUGAAAGCUUCCAAGUCCGUCAUCGACCUGGACACGCCGCCACGCCGUUCUUCUGAGCCGGCAAGGCUUGUGCAUGUUCCCAACCCAGAUUUCGCAAACGACUCCGAGGAGAUGGACGUGGUGUCGGAGGAAGAGAAUGAUCCGCUGGGUUUGGGCAUGCACAUGGACUGA